UCCUUCAGAGCACUCAGGCUCUGAGGUGCAGACAAACUCAGUCUAACAGCCGAACACAAAGUUUUCAAGACGGACAUUUUGAUUGAGGGAAGAGCAGAGGCUAAAAAUAUAUAGGUGAAGAUGGUGAUGCACACUGACAAACAGAGUACCUACCACUCCACUGACAAUAUGGCCGACUACUGUGUCCACAACAAAGCAUGGAUAAAAAUAUCGGGCCCUGCAGCUGCGCCGCUUCGGGACGUUUUCUUUGGAUCGAAUGUCGUGGUUCAACCAGAACUCAAGGCUACAGGAAGACAAGAAAAAGAAGCCAAAGCUCUCCAGAAAGAAAUACCUGACAGGAGACAGACUGCAGAAGAACACUCUGUACAUGUAGGUGUUUAUAAUCCAACAGGGUCAGCGCCACAAGAACAACAAGCAGAGAGAGUGCAACCAAAGAGAGCAUCAAAGGUCAUCAUCAAAGGAACAGAUGGAGUUCAGAAGUGCAUCAAAGUGCUGAGAGCCUACAGGAUCGUCCUGUUGGGAGAAACCGGGGCUGGGAAAAGCACCCUUGGAAACUCCAUCUUAGGAGAGGAAGUGUUCAAACCUGGCAGGACGACUGACUAUCAAAUUCAGUCCAAAUCUGCCCACGAAAGAAGAAUCACUGUGUUGGACACUCCUGGUUUCGCUCAUUUUGACCAACCUGAGGCGGAGCUGAAGGAUGAGAUGGCGAGGUGUACUGCAAGGUGCACUCCUGGUCCCCAUGUUCUUCUGAUUGUGCUGAACGUAGAGGAAUCCUCAAAGCAACAGUCGGCUGCAAUCGACAAAAUCUGCCAGUGUCUUCCAGAGGAAGCAUUCAAAUAUGCUGCAGUUGUUUUUACUCAUGGCCCAAAUAGGAUGACAAUUGAAAAGUAUAUCAAUGAGAAUCAACGUCUCAAGGAUUUGGUAAUGAAGUGUGGUGGCCGAUAUCAUGUAGUUGAUUGUAAGUACAGCCCAAGGGGUGACGAAAACGACUCUCAGGUGUCACAGCUGAUGAGCAUGAUAGAUAAGAUAGUGGUAGAAAACAAAGGAGGGUGUUUCACUAACGAAAUCAUCCAGGCAGAUCAGAGAGACAAAAAUAACACAAAAUCAAGUAACCCAAAACAAUCAAACAAUGACAACAGAGGUAAUGCCAACAACAACUUGUGGAUUAGCUUCUCAGGCCCUGAGGGGAACUUGGUGGCAGAAGCUUUGUUUGGGUCAGAUGUUGCAGUUUGGCAAACAACACAAACAUCCACCGAGGCCGGAGAAUGUACUACUAGUAAACGGGGAGAAAAUAAAGUACCAUGUUCUGAACCAAAACAGAGAGAUGAAGAAAAGUACAAGAGUGAACCUCAAAAAAACUCCAUUUCAAUGGAGGAGGAAGAGGCAGUUGAGCACGAAAAAGAAGCUAAUCCAGAGUUUGAUACAGAAACAAACGAGGCAUCAAAUAUGUCGGACAGGAGGACGGAAACAGCAGGGGCAGGAGCUGCAGGUUUAACUGGGCCGGCAACGGGAGGUUUAGGGGCAGUUGGGGCAGGUCUUAUCGGGCUGGCAGUGGCAGGUUUAGGGGCAGGUCUUACAGGGCUGGCAGUGGGAGGUUCAGGGGCAGUUGGGGCAGGUCUUACCGGGGUGGCAGCGGAAGGUUCAGGGGCAGUUGGGGCAGGUCUUACCGAGGUGGCAGAGGGAGGUUCAGGGGCAGUUGGGGCAGGUCUUACCGAGGUGGCAGAGGGAGAGUACCAAUGGCUGGAGCCAUUUUCCUAUCAAGUGGGAUAUUGGUGA